AUGGAAAAUGAUACUACAUCGACAAAAAGAAAAUUUGAAGAUAACGAAACGAAUAAUACAAAUAACUCGACACCAAUAAUUAUCGAUAAUGAUAAUGAAGAAACAACGGUAAAAAGAUUAAAAACAAAAAAAAAUGUUCGUUUUGAUGAUGUUACCGUGUAUUAUUUUGCACGUAGUCAAGGUUUUGUAAGUGUGCCUAGUCAGGGAGCAGUCACUCUUGGUAUGGUUCAUGAACACUCGCAUGUUGAGCAAUAUUCUGUUGCCGAUUUUUCACGUCUACGCCGUGCACUACAUAAAUCCAUAUUACGCGAAAGAAAAUUACUUCCACCGGAAACAUCUUCAACAGCUAUUGAUAGUGAUAAUAAAGAUGAUGAUGAUGGUGACGAUGAAGAACCUCUACCUGUUGAUGAUUAUUAUUUUGUUCAACCUAUAGCCACACGACAACGUCGCACACUAUUAAAACAAGCUGGUCUUGUUAAAAUAGAUGCAACUGAAAAGCAUGAGUUAACAUUAAUAAGACGUUCGCGUGAAGUAUGUGGAUGUUCAUGUACUCGUGAAACAGGUGGUUGUCAACCAUCUACAUGUGAUUGUUAUCUUAAUGGUAUUGCGUGUCAAGUUGAUCGUUUAACAUUUCCAUGUCCAUGUGCAACAAUGCUUUGUAAAAAUCCGUUGGGAAGACUUGAAUUUAAUCAGAAUCGUGUGAGAAAUCAUUAUUUUGAAACGAUAACACGAUUGGAAGCCGAGAAAAAUCAAGAAAACUGUAUUUUAGAAUUUCCUAUUAUUCAAGAAAAUAAUCCUGAUGAUCUAUCGAUUGUAGCAUUUCUUUUGUCAUCAAUUAUAUCCGAGAUUGAAUUUCGAGAUGAUGAAAUAUUUUCGGUUCUUUAUUCAAUGGUUUCUGCUGUUGAUGACUCAAUAAGGAUUGAUGAAGAAUCUUCAUCAAUUAUUCCAUCGUGUAAUAUAGAUGCAAACAUAUAUGAUCCUCUGCAAUUACUAUCAAACGAUUACUCAAUGCAAACCCAGCGAGUAUGCCAUAUAAAUCCAUUAAAAUUAUCUCUACGACGAAAGUUACCUUCCUCAGCACCCAUGAUUUCAACUGAACUAUCAUAA